CCAAAAAAAUAUCCCCGGGAGGAGAUAGAGCUGGAGCAGCACAGCCGCUGACCGCCACGCCGCUCGCUCGCUCCCCGCGAGCUCGCCAUGCCGCCGGCAUCCCUUCUGUCCCUCCUCCCCGCCGCGUCGGUCUCCCCGCGGACCCGCCCAGCCAGGCACGGAUCCCCUGCCGCGAGCCACCGCCUCCAUUCCCGCAUCCCCGUCCUCCUCAGCGCGCGAGCUCCCCCGCCACUCCGCUCCUUACCCGCCUCCUCCGAUGUGGUCGAGGCCGGGGGUGGUGGAGGGGGAGGCGAGGAGCUCCACCUCCUCGACAAGCCCUUCCCGUCCCCCUCCGCGUCCGAGGAGGACGAGCCCGAGCCGGAGGCCGCCCCGGCGCCGUCCACGGCGGAAGCGCUCGCGCCCUACCUCAACUUCUUCCAGGUGAAGGGCGCCGACGCCAGCGAGGGCACGCCCGAAGCCGCCGCCCCCGGGAAGCACGCCUCGGAGGACGGAGCCGUAUCGGCCGGGCGCGGGGUCAUCUACUACGACCCCAGGCCCGGGGACCUGGUCGUGGGCGUCGUCGUCGGGGGCGACGCGCGGGCGCUCGACAUCGACGUCGGCGCCGGCGGCGAGCCGGCGCUGAUGCUGACCAAGGAGGCGGCGCCUGCGUCCCCGGAGGAGUUCGGUUACCUGGCGUGCGACCUCGCGUCGGGCGGCGCGAGGGAGUUCGCCGCGGAAGGCAGGGUCGGCGUCGCGGCCGGCGGAGGGGGCGCGAGGGUUGGGAGGACCGGGAAGGAGAAAUGCGCGCCGGUGGUGGGCGUUGGCACGGUGGUGUUCGCCGAGGUCCUCGGCCGAACACUUGGCGGGCGGCCGCUGCUGUCUUCGCGAAGGCUGUUCCGGCGCGUCGCGUGGCACAGAGUGAGGCAGAUAAAGCAGCUAAAUGUACCUAUCAAGGUUAAAAUUUCUGAGUGGAAUGCUGGAGGCUUGUUGUCAAGAAUUGAGGGGCUCCGGGCGUUCCUACCUAAGCCUCAGAUGAUGACUAGACCAAGAAAUUUUACAGAUCUAAAGAACAAUGUUGGUCGACAGAUACAUAUCUGUAUUACAAAGAUUGACGAAAGGACUAACGAAUUAAUAAUUAGUGAAAAAGAGGCUUGGGCAAUGUUAUACCUUAAAGAAGGGGCUCUCUUGGAAGGGACAGUCCGCAAGUUGUUCCCAUAUGGUGCACAAAUUAGGAUUGGGGAGACUAACAGAAGUGGUUUGCUGCAUAGCUCAAAGAUAACACACGGUCAGCUGAGAUCCGUCGGUGACGCGCUCAGAGUGGGCGAGAGAGUGAAAGCGCUUGUGAUCAAGUCGACAACGCCAGACAGAAUUGCUCUUAGUAUUAGGGACCUUGAGAGCGAGCCUGGACUGUUUCUCUCCGACAAACAGAAGGUGUUCGCCGAGGCGGAGGAGAUGGCGCGAAGAUACCGGGAGCAAAUGCCGGCGACGCCUCGGUCUGGCGAGGCGCCCGAUGACGGCGACGACGAUACCGUCCCGUUCGAGGACGAAGCGGGGUCGUACGCCAACUGGAAGUGGCUGAAGUUCAUCAAGUCCGACAGAGUAGACUGUAACCCCAGUGUCACCGGACCAUCGGUAUUGUAACGCAGGAAUGCUGACUACCUCUGCACAAAUUUUGUUCGGUCAGCCGCACGGUUUCCAUGAGUGCAUCACAAGAUGAA